AUGCCGUCCCUCCUGCUGCUCGGGACCCUCCUGCUCCUGGCCUCGACCGCCCGCCAGGCCGGGGCGCGCCCGUCCAACACCACAAGCGCCGAGCCCCCGGGCCCGCUGCCCGCCCUGCUGGCGCACCUGCGGCGCCUGACCGGGGCGCUGACGGGCGGCGGGGGCGCUGCGGGCCCGGGCGCCAACGGCACCAGGACCAGCACGGCGAGCGGGACCGGCGCGGCGGCGCGGGCGCCCCCUCCGGCCGAGCUCUGCCACGGCUACUACGAUGUCAUGGGACAGUACGACGCCACCUUCAACUGCAGCACCGGCUCCUACCGCUUCUGCUGCGGCACCUGCCACUACCGCUUCUGCUGCGAGCACCGCCACAUGCGCCUGGCACAGGCGUCCUGCUCCAACUACGACACGCCGCGCUGGGCCACCACGCCGCCGCCGCUGGCCGGGGGCGUCGGGGGUGCCGGGGGUGCGGGCGGGGGGCCCGGGCCCGGCCAGGCCGGGUGGCUGGAAGGGGGCCGGGCGGGGGGCGCAGGGGGGCGCGGGGGCGAGGGCCCCGGGGGCAGCACGGCCUACGUGGUGUGCGGGGUCAUCAGCUUCGCCCUGGCCGUGGGCGUCGGCGCCAAAGUGGCCUUCAGCAAGGCGUCCCGUGCGCCCAGGGCGCACCGGGAGAUCAACGUGCCCAGGGCUCUGGUGGACAUUCUGAGGCAUCAGGCUGGGCCUGGGACCCGCCCGGACCGGGCACGAAGCAGCUCCUUGACCCCGGGGGUCGGGGGCCCCGACAGCAUGCCCCCGAGGACGCCCAAGACCCUCUACAACACCGUGAAGCCCUCCAAUCUCGACUGGCGUGCCGUUCCGCCACCCAGCCCCUCCUUGCACUACUCCACGCUGUCCUGCUCUCGGUCCUUCCACAACCUCUCACAUCUGCCCCCGUCCUAUGAGGCCGCUGUGAAAUCUGAACUCAACCGCUACUCCUCCCUCAAGAGACUGGCGGAGAAGGAUCUGGAUGAGGCCUACCUGAAGCGCCGGCACCUGGGGGAGAUGCCCCGCGGGACGCUGCCCCUGCACACUCUUCGGCGACCUGGCACGGGGGGCGGCUACCGCAUGGAUGCCUGGGGCGGCCCCGAGGAGCUGGGCCUGGCGCCCGCGCCCAACCCGCGGCGCGUCAUGUCCCAGGAGCACCUGCUGGGCGACGCGGGCCGCGCGCGCUACGAAUUCACCCUGCCGCGCGCGCGCCUGGUGUCGCAGGAGCACCUGCUCCUCUCGUCGCCCGAGGCCCUGCGCCAGAGCCGGGAGCACCUGCUGUCGCCCCCGCGCAGCCCCGCGCUGCCCCCCGAGCCCGCCGCCCGCGCGGGUCUGGCCGCGUCCCAUUCCAACUUGCUGCUGGGACCGGGGGGGCCCCCCACGCCGCUGCACGGGCUGCCCCCGCCGCCCGGCCUGCACCCGCACCACCACCACGGUCUACACGGCUCGCCGCAGCCCGCCUGGCUGUCGGACGCCGGAGGGGGAGGGGGCACGCUGGCGCGCAGGCCGCCCUUCCAGCGCCAGGGCACGCUGGAGCAGUUGCAGUUCAUCCCCGGCCACCACCUGCCGCAGCACCUGCGCACCGCCAGCAAGAACGAGGUGACCGUCUGAG